AUGGUCCCAACACUCUGCAUCAAAGGCCAGUUCAUUGACAUGAUCUGUAAAGGAUCGCACCCGCUCCUGGAGCAGGUGCCGCUCACCGUCUCGCCCUUCGUCAAUCUUCCAUCUGCCACCACAUUGCCAUAUACGUACAAACCCAUGCCCUCGACGCUCCCGCCCUCGGCCACCGGCAUGCAAGCCUCCGCAGCGCCGUCGGACGAGCACGACCCAGCAACAGCCAAGCCCAAGUACGUCGUGUCGGCAUCCGGGCACGCCGCGCACCCGGACGACAUCAUCGCCUCGUGCCGCGCCCUCCAAGCGCACAUAUCCCGCCUCCAGACCGAUGCGCGCACCGAGCUCGAGGCCCUGGAGGCGCGCAUCCGCGAGAGAGAGCUGGCCGAGAAGCGCCGCGUUGCGCCGGGGUGGCUCGACAGCGAUGCGCGGCUCCUGCAGCCCGAGCGCGAGGGCGGUGGCGGCGUUGGCGCCGCGGCGGAUGGACUGGCCAGCAUGAGCAUCGCAGAAGUCGGGCCCGGCCCCGCUGACCACCCUGGGCCGAGCGAGAUGGCUGCGCCGGAUCCAGGGGAGGAACUGGACCGGGUGUUUGGCGUGGCUGGUGGAUCAGGGUCCGGCGCAGCAAGGUAA